AGGGUUGUCUCUUCCUUCCGCGAAACUUGCCAAGCAAGGCGCCUUGAAGCUUCUUCCAAUACGAGCUGCUCGACUUGUUUCGAUCCUAUAUAUACCCCAACUUUUCUCAUCUUGCGUUCAUCGCUUUGACCUACCAAAUCCAAGACAAGAAGAUUGCCUGAUCACAAUGGGUCAUAAGAGCAGCGAGGCCGGAAGCGACAGCGAGUACAGCGAACGGCGGCUGAGGACGAAGACCCGGAGGAACAAGAAGAAUAGCAAUAAAAUUAGCCCCGAUGGAGGGUUGCAAUUCAACGACCGUCGAAACAGGGACAACAAGAGAACUAUUCCAGAAGAAGGACAAGUGGAAAUGGACUACCCACAAAACAAGAAGAAAAGCGUCGAGAACAACAGUGACGGCCACGGCGGCGGAAAGGCAGAGAAGGCUGCCCAAGGGAAGCAACCGGAAAAUUCAGAUCACACCGAUGCCCGAAAGCCUCCAGUGAGGACGGCGGCGUUAUUGAUGGAUCUGUGCUGUGACUGUGAGGGAUGCACCAAGAAGAUCUCCAGAACCGUCACCAACUUCGCAGGAUGCGAUCUUGUAUCCAUUGAUAAGCAGGCGAAAACGCUGACAGUUAAAGGGACGACGAACAUGAUAAGGGCUCUGGCUGAUUUGCUGGCGAGGAAGUUCAAAAAAUCCGUGGAGAUUGCCCCCGCAGAAGGCGGCAGAGGGGAGGAGAGAGACAUGGUCGUCCGCGGCUGCGAUGGAGCAACCAAGGCGGCGGGGAAAGAGUUAGACGGCAACAAAUCCAACAAACCUCCAGUGACGACGGCGGAGCUGAAGAUGGCAGUGCCCUGCUCUGGGUGCGGCGGACAUCUCCGCCAGAUUCGUAAAAGCGUCGCCAAGAACAAAGGCUGUCAUUCUUGCGAAAUCUUCAGUGAUGAAAUGGGGAAGGCGGUGGUCAGCGUGACAGGGACAAUGGACGUCAUCAACGCCGUCAAGGAGAAAUUGGAGAAGAAGCUCAAGACGUCGGUGGAGAUAACCCCAUCCCCACCAAUAUUGGGCGAUUUAGACCACGGUGGCUCUGAGAAUAAGCGAGGCCGGAAACAGAGGAAGUCCGCCGCCGACGGCUAAGGAAAAUGUAAUGCACUACGAUCCAACUGAGUAUCCAAAUCCAUCUAUUUACAGCUACGACGGGGACUAUGCCUUUCAGCUACUACGGGGACUGUACCCCUUUUAGAAGAAGGUUUUAAAAUGGAUAAUGAUUUUUAUGGUCCGAAUCUUGUCUAAGAGCGUGAAAAGAACAAUGAAGUGGGUAUUUUUCCCCCUCAACUGGAGGGUUGAUACUGAUGCCACUCUCAAACUACAGAUUACUGUCCUUGUACAGAAGCCAGUUUAUUAAUUAGCAUCACACUUUUAUGUAUUGUUAUAUUA